CUCUUUUUGAAAUGACAUAGGUUUUCUUGGUUACUAAACUCCGAUGAAGAUGCAUUGCAUACUGAAAUCUGGAGAAUCAAGGACUGCCAGCUAUCUACCAAGAUGACCGUAAAAUUGUGGUCCUGUCUCAGAUCCUUCACUUCACUGAACCAUCUCAACAUCUCGGACUCCUCUCUCAGUUUCCCUCCAUUACCUCCUGAGCUUCCAUCCGUCCUAAAGUUAUCGGCCGAGAAAGUGACGUCACAAAGUUAUGAAGGUGUGCUCUCAUCGCUCCCUGGCUUGAGAGUGAUAGAUAUCACUACCGAUGAUGCGGAGAGAGACAUACCUCGGAUCACGGCUGGUCUUUGUCGACGUCAUACCGGAGAACAGCAGCUCACGCACAUCAAACUUACAACACCGUCAUCACUCCCAUUAGAGAAGAAGAGAGUAUCAAGUGAGACGAUGAAAGGACUGGGUCUUCUGAUAAAAUAUAAAUUCAAGAACCUGCAUCGGCUAGAUCUGUACAGAGUAAGGGGCACAUGCGAGGAAGACUUGGUUUACCUAAUCGAGUGUUGCAGGCUUGUGAAGUCGAUGCGUCAUGUUGUGCUAGAAAGCUGUAGAACUACAGAGGGCGGCCUACUGGAAUUUCAUCUCAAGGAUCUUCAAACGUCACCCGGUGACCUAUCUGUGUUGGUUUAUGAUAUCGACGGGGAAACAGUCAAGGAUGUGGAAAGCUUCAAAUACCUCGGAUCCACAAAGAACAGCGAUGCCAGCUGUACCAAUGACAUAAAGAUAAGAAUAGCCAUAGCAAAGAAGAGAAUGGUUGACCUGCAUGUACUUUGGAAUGACAGGAACAUCUCAACCGGUCUGAAAAUAAAACUGGUCAAAACCCUGGUUUGGAGUGCUUUGCUUAAUGGUUAA